UGAGACCCCAAAGGUAACACAAGAACUCUCUAAAUUGGAGGUAAAAAAAAUCGUCAUUGGUUUCAAUAUUAUUUUGUUUCGCAACAGUGAGACAUUCAAAUGAGAUAUAAGGGAAAACAAUGACACAAUAGUUAAAUCUUUUACUACAAACAGUCAGGCAGAUAGAAGCAAAAAUACACCACUAGUUGGCACAACAUAAAACAGCAAAACAUGGCUUCUGUGACAGCUGAACCAGAGACAGAGUGUGAUUCCAUUCACGAUACAAUCAUUGAUUUAUCAAAGAAAUUAGAUGGGAAUAAGUUGGCAAACGAUAUAAUAUACCUUUUACAGAAUAUUAAAAAAGCAACAGACGUCAAAGAAACAUCAGAUAGAUGGCUCAAAUGGGCUAGGCAACAGAAGUAUCUGAAAGUAAUAAGUGCAGACAUUCCAAUAGGUGUAUUGCCAAAUGGAAAACAAGGGGAGAUAAUAGAUAUUAAAGUCUUUGCUGGAAGGAAACCAGAUGAUGAACUGUAUGACAACAAUGUGGAGCUGAGAAAAAAGGUAGCAAGAGGGAACUGUUUUAUUUCAAUCAAAGAAGGAAAUGAUGUCAGGUGUGUUUUACAAGCUAUGAAAAAGUUUACUGGAGGACUUGGAGAUGAUGAUGAUCGAGAACAGGGAGAUAACUCUACAUGGAAAAAAUAUUUUAUUAAGCCAUUAGAGGAAACUGAGAGUGUGAUAGCAACAAGAAAGGCGAAUGGAGAGGCAGCACAUCUGAGCUGUUUCAUGGUAGACGGAGAAUAUGUCUUAUGUGCAGGAUCAAAGAAUGUCCAUAUGGUCUUCAGAAAAAAGGAAGAUAUAUUGCAGUAUACAGAGCCUAGAUUUAGAAUUGCUAGUGAGGUCUGUUUGAGUGUUUGGAACUCACUUGAUAAAAUGUCACCUAAUGACAGAAAAAGUCUUUUGCAGUUUCUGGUUGCCACUGGUUACACAGGUGUGUUUGAGAUUUUAUCACCUGACCACCAGCAUGUAGAAGAUCUUUCUUACUUAUCAGAAUCAGAAAUGAGGUUUAUAACUUGGACACAGAUUGACCUUGAACCUUCACCUGACAAUAUUUCCUUAGCAACUGUACCUCCUCAUCUUGGCAUAGAGAUGGCAAAAGCUCUAGGACUACUGACUAUUACAUAUGAUGUUCUGCCUAUGUCAGAACUGGAUACCAGAAUGAAACAGAUAAGACAAGGGUACCAGUAUGAGGGUGAGGUGUUAUACUUUAUGGAUAAAACAGGAAUAGUUACUGGAUUACUAAAAAAGAAAACAGUUUGGUAUAUCAUGUGUCGUGCAAUUAGAGAGAAGUUACGUGCAGCAUGUGCAUAUAAUCUGAAAACUCCAGAAAAAUUCUCUUUAACUAAAUAUCUAAGAAAGACGGAAAAGAGAUUGGAUGAGAUUCAAGUAUGGCUUGGUUUGGAUAUGAGUACAAUAAAUGAAUGGAAGGCUUUUGCCAAUAAAUUUAUAAGAAAUGUGAUUCAAAAGGUAGAUUUAGGAGAAGUAACUUCAGAUGAUAUUGCUAAUAUUUAUCCUGUUAUAUGGAAAAGAUUUGUAGCUGACUCGGGAGAAAGUGAUGAUAUAAAAGUUGUUGUGACAUCAGGUUCAUAACAAUCAGUUGUGGUAGUACAGGACCCUAACUAAUUAUUAUGUGAUACCAUCCAGGAAUAGAAAAUCUAGAAGACAGAUUUAACAUGAGUCUGUACACUUCCUAUGAAAGUACCAGAUCGGUACCUAAGAUUAACACAAAACUUCUCUUUCAACCUUAAUUAUGCAAAUUCUAACAUGAAAAUUACAUGUUAUUUACUUUUUCAAAUGACUAUUGUCUUAAUAUAUUAAACACACAUUCAGGAAAUGGGAUGAGAACGAAACUAGUAAAGCACUUUCCUAAAACAACAUCAAAGUGCUGAUGUCUACUGGUCAUGAGAUCAGGAUUAUGUUUUAUAGCUAUGAUAAGAUUAAGCUAUGGCAGAAUUGUGAAUAUUUAAACACUCAUUUGGUUAUCAUUAGUUUUAAGAUGUCAGAUUCAGGCAACAAUUUAUUUUUGAGGAUAUGUUAUAGUAUCUUAAAUAAAUAUGUGUUUAAUGGAGCAUACAUGUUUGUUUUUUUCAACAGCAUAUGUAAUUUAUUGGGUUCUGUUUUUGAUUGUCCACAUGAUAUAUACUUUUAGUUCAACAUACAACACAGGGUAAUUUAUUCUUACAAUUUAUGAUAAUAUAUUCUUUUAUUGAUUUUAGACAUCCCUUAAAUUCUUAGAAAUAAUUAGACUCUUUGUAGAUUCAUGAUAUUUUUGUAUUUUAGUGCAAUACUCAUUUAAUUUAUUUAUUAAUUUAUUUGAUACUGUUUAAAUCCUUGAAUUUUGGUCGUUAC